CAAUGAUACAAGGAAAUGGCACGAGCCGCACGUGCCACUUUCCUCGCACCUCCAUUUCUGGAACAAUCUCGAGUUCUGAUUCUUCCGCUCUGUUUCGUUUGGGAGAAACAGAACAAAAAAACGAUGAACGAGAAGAAGAGAAGGCCCAGAGCAGUCAUCGUCGGCGGGAGCAUUGCCGGAAUAUCUUCCGCUCACGCCCUCAUAAAGGCAGGCUGGGAAGUUCAGAUACUUGAAAAAUCGACCUCCCCCCCCACCGGAAGUUCCACCGGCGCCGGCCUCGGCCUCGAUCCUCUUUCGCAGAGCCUCAUCCAGUCCUGGAUUUCCCAUCCUCUCCUCCUCCUCCACUCCACACUCCCUCUCACAAUAGAUCAGAAUCAAGCGACGGAUGGGGAAGCUAAGGCCAGGAGGAUUUUAACUAAGGAUGAGAAUUUCAAUUUCAGAGCAGCACAUUGGGCUGACCUCCAUGGCCUUCUGCACAAUGAGCUCCCACCUGACAUCUUCCUUUGGGGACACCAUUUUCUCUCUUUCUGCACAUCAGAAGACAAAGCUUCUGUGAAAAUAGCAGCUAAAGUUUUGCAAACUGAUGAGAUUGUUGAAAUAUUUGGGGAUUUGCUUGUUGGGGCAGAUGGGUGUCUCUCUUCUGUACUUCAAACCUUUCUUCCCAACCUCAAGUUGAGAUAUUCUGGUUAUUGUGCUUGGAGAGGGGUCCUUGAUUUUUCAGAGAAUGAGGAUUCAGAGACCAUAAUUGGCAUCCGAAAGGCGUAUCCCGAACUUGGGAAGUGCUUGUAUUUUGACUUGGGAUCCGGCACUCACAUUGUUCUCUACGAGCUUCUAAAGAAAAAGAUCAACUGGAUUUGGUAUAUUAAUCAACCAGAGCCACAACUCAAGGGUAACUCACUGACCAUGAAAGUACACGACGAGAUGGUGAGGAAGAUGCAGGAACAAGCAGAGAAGGUUUGGGUUCCCGAGUUCGUAAGAGUCAUUAAAGAAACAAAAGAGCCUUUCAUCAAUGUCAUAUAUGAUAGGGAUCCGUUGGAACAACUAGUUUGGGACAAUGUGGUAUUGGUUGGAGAUGCAGCUCAUCCCACAACUCCUCAUGGCUUGAGAAGUACAAAUAUGUCAAUAUUAGAUGCAGCUGUUUUAGGCAAAUGCCUUGAAAAAUGGGGACUAGAGAACUUACAAUCAGCCCUUGCGGAGUAUCAAUCCAUUCGGCUGCCCGUCAGCUCAAAGCAAGUCCUGCAUUCUAGGUAUAUGGGUAGGCUAAAGCAAGGUCUAGCUCUUCCUGACUGCGAACCCUUCAACCCGAGGGUAGCUACUCCACAGGAUUACCUAGAACUUCAACAGAAAAACAUUCCUUUCUUUAAUGAUGUUCCUCAAUUGAUUGAUCCGACCUUGAAGUUUUACUAAAGCUCAAAUGUAUUAAUGAGAACGCCUUUCGGAUUGGAAGUCCAGUCUAUGGCUGCAUUUAAAUGUACUUGAUACAUUGUAUUGUCAGAAAUUAUAAUAGAUCCCCUAUCUGUUUCAAGUUUCAACUACGCAGAAGAUAUCCAUAUUUUGCAUCAAUGUGGUUGUAGGGAGGGUGGGAUAAAUAAAGCUGCUUAUAUUGGCAACACUCAUGUUUUAUAGAUUAAAGCCUCAAGUUUCCUCGUUACUGAAUCAUCACAAACUCUUACAUUCUUUGUGAAUAUCCAAGUGUUCCUUUGCAUUUGAAAGUACCACAUCCAGUAAUGGAACAGUAAAUAUAAUGAUAUUAUUGAUUCAAAAAAGAUCCAAGAAGUUGAUACAGAAAGAUAUUUCAAGAAAUAUGUUACACGCGCCAGAAAAGGGAGUACUCCUACUACAAUAAGUUCCCCUCCGUUACUUAUUCAACGAACACUAUGAUGGCAUCUUUCCCAUCCAAAACAAGGCAAAAA